UCGAAUCCAAAACACACACAUACAACACUUGAACUCAACUUCUCUCAAAGCCGCUCGCUCACUCUCUCACCAUAAAUUCUCUAGUUCAAUACAAUCAGCUUUAGUAGUAGUUCCCUUAUUACCAAAGAGCGGGCGGCAAGUUCUCUUGCUUUUUUUUAAUCCUGAACGGGUUUUUCCGAGUUCUGGUUCCGUCACUGGGUGAGUUUAUUUUCGGGUAAAUCAAUGAAUAGCAAAUCGAAGAUGGUUGUUGAAGAAUCUCAUUUUAUAAGUAGUAUGGAUGGGGACAAAGAUCAAUUUAAGGAUUUUGAUUAUACCGGUCUAGAAAUGCGACAGUGGAAGACAAUUUUUGAAGAAGCUUCCAUGUCAGAUAGGCCUUUCAAGAAAAUCAACCAAGACUUUUCCCACUUCUCAUCUCCUGCUACCACCGCAACAUCUACAUCACCUGUAUCGAUUCCGCUUUCAUCUUCAACACAGUUUCCUUUCGCGUUUAAUGGGUCUCCACAGGCUAUCGAAAGUUUACACAGCCCUCCAAUGAACAAUCAACAAACUCAGCAGCAGAUGAUUUCUUUUGAGCCUCGUCACCACCAAGGAUUUGGAUUCCCGCCAUACUUUUGCGGCGACUUAGCAGCAUCACCCAAGUACCAGCAACAGGAGUUGUUGCAGUACUGGAGCAAUGCGUUGAAUUUGAGUCCGAGAGGAAGGAUGAUGAUGAUGAACAAGCUGGGACAGGAUAGUAGGGCUCUUUUUAGACCACCUAUUCAGCCUAUAGCCCAAACAAAGCUAUACAGAGGCGUGAGACAAAGGCAUUGGGGAAAAUGGGUUGCAGAGAUACGUCUCCCUCGAAACAGGACUCGUCUUUGGCUUGGAACUUUUGACACUGCCGAGGAAGCUGCUAUGGCAUAUGAUCGCGAGGCCUUCAAGUUGAGAGGUGAAAAUGCCAGGCUCAAUUUCCCCGAGAGAUUUCUUAAUAAAGAUAAAACAGUGGGUGUGGAACCUAGUUCAUCUACAUUGUCCCCUGAAGCUUCAAAACAGGCUCAAGAAUUUCCUGAGAUCCUUAAUCAGGCUUCCGAUACAGAGUUGCUGCCACUCGCCAAAUCGGGUGAUAAUCUCAAUAACGAUUCUGGAUUAGGAUCGAGUGCUGGCGAGUACUUGCAACCCAGUGUUGGGAGUUCUGGAGCCGGAGGAGGCGUUUUAGGGUCCUCCUCUGAAUUGGUUUGGGGCGAUAUUUCAGAUACUUGGUUCAAUCCAUUCCCGGGAGGUUGGGGUCCGGGCAGUCCUGCCUGGGAUACUCUAGACCACAGCAAUAACUUUAUGAUGCCUACAAAUCUCUCUUUAGGCAAUGCUCAUCAGGAAGAACACACUAACCUGAAUACACAAAAGCAACCAGAAAGUAUGGGCUCAGCCUCAUCAGACACUAUGAAUACUUUCUUCUGGAAUGAUCAAUACUGAUCGCGUCACUUAGAAUCAGAUCAAGACCUUUAGACACAUCUCCUAUAAUAUUUUCACCGGCUGCCGAUUUUUAAAGCAGACCGUGAAACUCUAAUUCUCUCUAACCACCGCCUUCUUUUCCAUCCAGCACUUGAAAAAGGUUGCAUAUUACAGACCUUUUUCUUGGUGAAGGAGAACUCCUAGCAUACAAUUAGUAGUAGUAUCCAGCAUUCAGCUUGUAGAAUUGUGUUCUACUGUGUUUUUUAUGUUGUGUCAUGCACAUGUAGUAGUUCCACUUAUCACUAGACUCUAGGAACAAGGUGAAAGGAAACGGUUUUGUGAUUUCCUUGUCCAACUUUCUAGGAGUGUUUUUAAUCUACCUUGUAUAUUUGUGGUGAUGAUUUGUCAUAUAUGUUGUUUGUUUGGAUCA